UGAAAUUAAUAAAUUAAACUAAUUAAAAAAAAGAGAAAAACAACACUAAUUUAAUCACUAUAACCAGAAAUUUUUUACAGUUCCGUUUAGGAUCUUAUUGUUUUUAUUAAAAAGUUUUUAAUCGUAUGAGUCCAUUGAUGUUUUUUUUGUUAUAAAUAGAUUGACCUAUUCCAAUCUUAUUUCAACUAUUUUUUUUGUAAUUCCCCUUUCACUUAUUUCUUCUCAUUAAUUCAAUCCAAUCCAAAUUAUUCAUUUAAAUAUAAUCAUAUAAGAUGGGUGGUGCAAGAUCAGUUCAUACUAUUGAGACUUUAAAGUCCGAAAUUAAAGAACAUAAUGCUCAUAUUAUAAAGCCACCAAAGUUUACUUCCCAAGCCAUUACUCGUUAUUUUUUAACAAGACCAACCACUUUAAUUCCAACCAAAGCAGAAUUGGCUCAUUAUGAAUGGAGUGAUGUAUAUAAUCCUUUCAAAGCCUUAAGAGAAGUUUCUUUAAAACAAUGGAAUUUCUUCUUCAUUGGGUUCUGGGCUUGGACUUGGGAUGCCUUCGAUUAUUUCACUAUCUCUUUAAAUGUUUCAAAUAUUGCUAAAGAUUUAAAUGUUAGUGUUAAAGAAGUUACUUGGGGUAUUACUUUAGUAUUAAUGUUCAGAUCUGUGGGUGCUAUUAUUUUCGGUUUAAUUGGGGAUACAAAAGGUAGAAAAUGGCCUUAUAUAAUUAAUCUUUUAUUAUUAUCUAUUAUUCAAAUUGGUACUGGAUUUGUUAAAACUAAAAGUCAAUUCUUAGCCGUCAGAUCACUUUUUGGUAUUGCUAUGGGUGGUCUUUAUGGUAUUUGUGCUGCUGAAGCUUUAUCUGAUGCUCCAGUUAAUGCAAGAGGUAUUAUGUCUGGUAUUUUCCAAGAAGGUUAUGCCUUUGGUUAUCUUUUAGCCGUUGUUUUCCAAAGAGCUAUUGUUGAUAAUACCGGUAAAUGGCAAGAUAUUAUGUUUUUCAGUGCUGGUGUUUCAGUUAUCUUUAUCGUUUGGAGACUUUUCACUCCAGAAACUGAUUCUUUUAUAAAACAACAACAAAGAAUCGAUUCUGAAGCUCAAACUGAUAGAAAGACAAAAAUUAAAGAAUUCCAAUCUCAAGCUAGAAAAGCUUUGAAACAAUAUUGGUUAAUUAUGAUUUAUUGUGUUUUAAUGAUGGCAGGUUUCAAUUUCUCAUCUCAUGGUUCUCAAGAUUUAUAUCCAACUAUGAUCAGUACUCAAUAUCAUUUUGGUGCUAAUAAAUCAACUGUUGCCAAUGUUUCAGCUAAUUUAGGUGCUUUGGUAGGUGGUAUUUUCUUUGGUCAUAUGUCAACUUUUAUUGGUAGAAGAUUUGGUAUUAUUUGUGCUGCAGUUUUAACUGGGGCUAUGAUUUAUCCAUGGGGUUUUAUUCCAAAUGCUGGUACUGUAUUUGUUUUCCAAAUGGGUGUUCAAGGUGCUUGGGGUAUUGCUCCAAUUCAUUUAUCGGAAUUAUCUCCUCCCCAAUUCCGUACUUUAGUGGUUGGUACUUCUUAUCAAUUAGGUAAUUUGGUAUCUUCUGCCUCAUCUACUAUCGAGGCCACUAUUGGUGAACGAUUCCCAAUCCCAGGUGCAAAAGGUGUUUAUAAUUAUGGUAAAACUAUGGCUAUUUUCAUGGCUGCUGUUACUGUUUAUCUUAUUUUAAUUGUAUUCUUGGGUCCAGAAAACAAAGAUGCUGAUUUAGGUAUGGAAAGAGAUGAUUAUUAUUGUGAAGAAGGUAUUGAUGACUUAGAUGAUGCAUCUAUCGAUCAAAACAAACCUGAUUUCAAACAUAACGAAGAAAUUAAGGAAGAAGUUAAAGAAAAUGUUUAACUAGUUUAAUAUUCAAUUCUCAAAUUUUAUUUAAUUAUCAUUUUAAUUUAGUUAUAACAAAAGAUUCUAUUCUCGGUAUUUUUUAUUUAUUAUCAUGUUUUAACCUUCAAUUCUUCAUUUUGUUAGCUAUAUAUGUUUAGUCUAGUUAAUUCAUUAUUACGAUUUUAUUCUAUCAAAUCACUUAUUCCAACAAAAUUUGCGCUUCUAUGAUUUUAGGUCUCUUCACCUCUUUCCUAAUUGGGAAAUGGUGUUGCGACGAUCAAAGAAGUUAAGAAAUAUAUAUAAGUACAAGAAUUAACGAAUUUUUGUAAUUAGUUCAUUUACUGAAAAUCCUGAUUGACACAUUUGCUAAAGGCCGAUAUUAAUCAUUCUAGUUUUGCGCUGUGUUGUUGUGGGAAAGGAUUUGUCAAUUGCGAUCGUCAAAUACCUUUGAUCUGGUGGUUCUACAACGAUCUCUAAAAUGGAUGACCGGGAACAAUAUGAUUAUCAUCUCA